UUAUAAUUAAAGAAGUGUGAUAUAAUUUCAUCAUGUGUGUGAAUCAGAAAGUAGACUCUAUUAGUACUCUGGAAGAAUAUAAAAUAGGAGAUUACUAAGCGUUGAAUAGUUUGUGAUUUGGCGACAUAUAUUGACAUAUUCUUUAUAACGUGAUAUUUAUCAGAUGGAACCAUUGCGAAAACUGGCAUGUACCAUUAUGUACAUUAACGAAACAAAUCGCUUCAGGAGAAACCAUAAUUGAUAUCAAUAAAGAAAAUGAAGAUUAUACAUAUAUGAGCGGCCAUGUAAUCGAUGGAAGGAAUCUACUACCAGCUACAGGAUAUAUCCAACUUAUCUGGAAAAUGGUUGGAAUGCUAGAGGGGAAAUUAUACAACAAUAUGCCCAUCGUGUUUGAAGAUGUCAAAUUUAUUCGGGCGACUCUUCUUCCAGAUCAGAGAGCUGUGCAGUUAACAUUAAUGGUGCAAAAAGGUACCGGAAAGUUCGAAAUAAUAGAAGGAGAUAACGUAAUCGUUACUGGCAGAGUACACGUUCCAUUAGAACUUGACAAAGACAACGUGUCAAUCGAUUACCUACCAAAAGACGAUGAUGAGGAGGAAGUGAUACAAACGAGAGAUAUUUAUAAAGAACUCAAAUUACGCGGAUAUCAAUAUGCAGGCCUGUUUCGGUGUUUAAAAAGUUUAUCCGUUUCAGCAAGUCGAGGACAUAUAGCAUGGAUGAAUGAUUGGGUAGCGUUUAUGGAUAAUAUGUUGCAGAUAAAGAUUCUUGAAAAAGACACGAGAAGUCUUUAUGUUCCCACCGGAAUAGAGAAAUUGGUGAUCGACCCAAAGCUUCACAUGCAAUAUCUAAAAAACGCUACGAGUGAAGAUAUACGUAGGUUGGCUAAAAUACCUAAGUGCAGAUUUCUUUCGAUACCUAAUACUAUAGUAUUUCCAUAAUAUUCUACUUCAAAUACACUUUCGUAUUUAA